CUUUAAAUGAAAAUAUCAAAGCCCAAUAGAUAUAAAACAAAAGCGUCUUUUUUUCUUUUUUCAUUUUAAAAAUAUCAGAUACAUGGUCUCGGUGAAGACAACUAGAAAAACCAAAAAAUUUUGGUACAUGUAAAUUGCGUGAAGACAGUAGAGAGAGAGAGCAAAACCAAAACCCUUCUUCCUCUGCUAUUAUGUCUGGUCUGUAUAAUCCGACCUACUCACCUUCUAGAGCCGCUUCUCCCCAGAUUAGAACCACUUCCGAUGUUGACAGUCAGUACUUAACUCAGUUGCUAGCAGAGCAUCAAAAGCUUGGACCUUUCAUGCAAGUCUUGCCCAUAUGUAGCCGUCUCUUAAACCAAGAGAUUUUCCGGGUUAGUGGAAUGAUGUCCAACCAAGGGUUUACUGAUUUUGAUCGGUUGAGGCAUCGCAGCCCUAGUCCAAUGGCUUCACCAAAUCAUAUGUCUAAUGUUCCUGGUGCUGGAUAUGGUGGUUGGAAUGGUCUUCCACCUGAGAGAAUGGUUGGUCCUCAUGGAAUGGCAAUGGAGUGGCAAGGUGCACCUGCUAGCCCUAGCGCUUACACAGUGAAGCGUAUCUUGCGUUUAGAUCUUCCAGUUGAUACAUUUCCUAAUUUCAAUUUUGUUGGAAGGCUUCUGGGACCUAGAGGGAACUCGUUGAAGCGUGUGGAAGCAACUACGGGUUGCCGUGUGUUUAUUAGAGGGAAAGGAUCGAUUAAGGACCCUGACAAAGAAGAGAAACUGAAAGGGAAGCCUGGCUAUGAGCAUCUCAAUGAGCAGCUCCAUAUCCUCAUCGAGGCUGAUCUUCCUGCUGAUAUUGUCGAUAUAAAGCUGCGACAUGCUCAAGAGAUCAUCGAGGAGUUGGUAAAACCUGUGGAUGAGUCACAGGAUUACAUUAAGAGGCAGCAAUUACGAGAGCUUGCUUUACUGAACUCAAACUUGAGAGAAAACAGUCCAGGACCAAGCGGUAGUGUCUCUCCAUUCAAUUCAAACGCAAUGAAACGUCCAAAAACAGGACGCUAAGAGGAGCAACAAGAGGUACUCAUCACCAAGUAUGUGUAUAUGUGUAUAACCAAAGCCUAAUGGUGUUGUUUAUGUUACGUCUACUCUUGGUUCUUGUGCUUUGAUCCACCAGUGAUUCUUCAAGCACAAAGCACCAAGAGAAGUACUAAUGUCUUUCCUCCUAAACCGAGGAAAACAAUUUGAAAGUAGCGUGAGAUGCAUUUGUAACCAUUAAAAUAGAGAUUGUUUUUUGGAUUUAUUCAUGUGUUUGUGAGUUUUGUAGUAUGGACUUCUAAUUACAUUAUAUUCGUGUUUUUGAGCAGCAGCAAUAAGUUAUGUCUUUUCUGAGUACACAGAAAGACCAAAC